UUGAGAGUUGAGACAGACCCACAGAGCUAAAGCACGAAUUAUUAAGUGAUUCAAAAGCAGAAAAAAUGAAGUCAAUUUGUCUCAUUCUUUCGUUAAUCCUCUUCUCAAUUCAUUUUUCUCUUACCCACGCCGCUGGUGGCAAAUGGCAGCUCUUGCAACAAAGCGUUGGCAUUUCCGCCAUGCACAUGCAGCUCCUGCGCAACGACCGCGUCAUCAUGUUCGACCGCACAGAUUUCGGCAAAUCUAACCUGGCCUUACCCAACGGGGAAUGCGUUAGAAACGACUGCACCGCCCACUCCGCCGAGUAUGAUGUCAAAACUAACACAGUCCGCGCUCUCACUCUUUUAUCCGACGUUUGGUGCUCUUCCGGAGCUGUAGCCCCCAAUGGACGCUUAAUCCAAACUGGGGGUAACGGCGCUGGAGAUCGCCGCGUUAGGGUUUUCGAGCCCUGCACGGGUUGUGAUUGGAAGGAGUUUGCGAAUGCCUUAGGCGCUCGCCGUUGGUACGCUACCGAUCAUAUUUUGCCCAAUGGACAGCAGAUCAUCAUCGGCGGUAGGCGGCAAUUCAACUACGAGUUUUAUCCAAAGACCGGGUCUUCGAGCAAAGUCUACAGCUUGCCCUUCCUUGUGCAGACCAAUGACGCCGGCGAGGAAAACAAUCUUUACCCUUUUGUUUUCCUCAACGUGGAUGGGAAUUUAUUUAUCUUUGCGAAUAAUCGAGCUAUUCUAUUCGAUUAUGCAAAGAACAAGGUCGUCAAAACCUAUCCACAAAUACCGGGCGGCGACCCAAGGUGUUACCCUAGCACAGGUUCAGCCGUGUUGCUGCCGUUAAAAAACUUGGCGGCUCCGUCUGUUGAGGCUGAGGUUUUGGUUUGCGGCGGAGCUCCAAAGGGGUCUUUUGUCAAGGCAAACCAGGGUACUUUUGUGGAAGCUCUAAACACAUGCGCUCGGAUCAAAAUAAACAACCCGAAACCCCAGUGGGUUAUGGAGACUAUGCCUCAAGCUAGAGUCAUGGGUGACAUGUUAUUGCUUCCAGAUGGCACUGUUCUACUCAUCAACGGUGCAUCAUCAGGAGCUGCAGGUUGGGAAAUAGGGCGCAAUCCGGUUCUCAACCCGGUUGUGUACCGACCUGACAACGCAAUUGGAUCACGGUUUGAACAACAAAACCCUACCACCAUACCGCGGAUGUACCAUUCCACCGCGAUAUUGUUACGUGAUGGUAGGGUACUAGUUGGAGGUAGCAACCCUCAUGAAAAAUACGAGUUCACCGACGUGCUUUUCCCAACUGAAUUGCGAUUAGAGGCAUUUAGUCCUGAUUAUUUGGACGCUAAAUACAAUAACUUGCGUCCGCAAAUCGUUGCGCCCAUAUCACAAGCUAAGAUCAACUACGGAAAGAAACUAUCCAUUCAGUUUUCGGUGAAGGGAAACCUAGCAACACAAUCAGUGUCAGUGUCGAUGGUGGCGCCCUCAUUUAAUACACAUUCGUUCUCAAUGAAUCAGAGGCUGCUAGUUCUUGAGGCGGAGAACGUUAAAAAGGUAGGAACAACGGCCUACCAAGUUCAGGUGACUACGCCGGCUUCCGGUAAUCUUGCACCUUCAGGAUAUUAUCUUCUGUAUGUCGUUCAUCAAAAAAUUCCAAGUGCUGCCAUCUGGGUACAAAUUCUGUGAUAAAAUGAAGGUAUUUAAAUUUGUAUACUAUGUUUCCUCUUCCUUUUUAUUUUAUUUGAAAAAAAGAAGAUUAAUUGUGAGUUGAAAAAAUAAAAAUGUUCAUAGACAGAUCAAACUACAAAAGCAAACCGUUUGAUUAAUUCUGUGUGUCAUUUUAAAGAAUUAGGACCAUGUAGCAAUUUUCAAUUUGUAUUUGAUUUUUCUUACCAAAGAUUACAAGUUGUAAUUAAUCUAAUGAAUAAAGUUGUAUUAAUUUCCAUCGAA